AUGAAGUUCAACCUCGCUUGCCUCGCGGCCAUUUUAGCUGUUCCUACGGCCACGGCCUGCAACUUAGAUCUGAAGUGGGUCUCCAACUGGGCUGAGGCCGGCUAUCACAGAUACCGCGUUCAACUCAUCACCACCCCUCGUAAUGACGACGACCUCGGAGUGUUCUGCGAAGCCCUCGGUAGAGAGCUGGGUCAAGUCGCAUGGGUUCCAAAUGUUCAAUGCCAUUGGAAUGACGACGGUAGUUUCGUUGCCGAUGCUUCCUUCUAUGAAGGUUCGGGUGGCUAUGGAGACUAUCGCCAUACAUUCUACGCAGCCGCGGAUGACUAUCGAGCCGCGAGGGGAUGCACUACUGGAAUUGAUAUUUGA